CUAUGCAGGUGCGGGAAGAAGAGUGGGAGGAGGGGCGAGGGUGAGGUAUGGAGGUAGGGAGGAGGGGGAAGGGAGACGGGGGAGGGGAGAGCAGAGGGAGACGGAGGGAGGAGCGAUCAGGCUGCGAGGGGGAGAGGCGCAGCGUGAGGAGCGAGCGAGAGAGGAGAGAGCGCGCGGCAUCGCGCGGGGCCCGCGAACAACAAACCACCGGGGUCGGUGGCGCCGCAGUUGAAGAAACCUCGGGGCGACUCGGGGCGACUCGGGACGACUCGGGACGACUCGGGACGACUUCAGUCUCUCGGAACAGCCGCUCUGGUCGCGCCCGCGAGAGAGGCCGCGGAGUGGAGAGGCAACUUUGGGAGCAGCAGCAGCAGGGGGAGGAGGAGUAGGAGUAGCAGCGAGUGAAGCGCGGACGCGCUCGCCGUGAGCGGAGGUCGCAGAGACUCGGGGAGAGAGGGAACUCGGGACACGCCGGGAAGGACGACGUGGUGGACACGAGGUGGUGGAGGGGAGUAGAGAAUUCCUGGAACUCUGGACCGUCUGUGGUUGAGGAGUGGAAGUCGUCACGAGGAGGAAGGAAGACUCGAGUGACGAUGGAACCCGAUCAACAUCAUCAACAACAACAUCAGCAGCAGCAACAUCAUCAUCAUCGCCGUCAUCACCGGCGCCUUCUGCUCGUGCUGCUGCUCUGCGGGAGUUGCGUCUCCUCGGCGUCCUCGGCCAGACCUCACUUCGCAGGAAGCUGCUCGUUUGAGAAUGACCUCGCCACCUGCGGCUACUCCCAGGACAAAGAUGACGACUUUGAUUGGCUGCAGACCGGGGGUCACGACCUCACCGUGGAGGCGGGGCUGCCCUCAGGCCGCUUUGCGUUCGUGCCGCUGGCCGGGAAGCCCGAGGGCUCGCGAGGGCGCCUCGCCGUGCCGCCGCUGCGCGAGAACGACACGCACUGCGUCGACUUCAGCUUCCACCUGUCGGCGGGCGGCGCCUCCUCCUCCUCCUCCUCGCCCGCGGCGCUCGCGCCAGCGCUGAACGUGUACGCCCGCGUGAACGGGCGCGCGCUGGCGGGCCCCGUGUGGAACUCGAGCCAGGCGACGGGCCGCGGCUGGGUGCGCGCCGAGAUCGCCGUCAGCACCUUCUGGCCCAACAGCUACCAGGUGGUGUUUGAGGCGGUGGCGGGGAGCAGUGGCGCCGGCUUCGUUGCCGUGGACGACGUGCAGGUGCUCAGCUACCCCUGCAACAAGGCCCCCCACUUCCUGCGGUUGGGGAACGUGGAGGUGAAUGCGGGGCAGAACGCGACGUUCCAGUGCAUCGCGACCGGCCGGAACUCGGGCCCCACACGCCUCGCGCUGCAGCGCAGUAACGGCGAGGACGUUCCCAUAACGAGCACCAAGAUGGUGAACCACCGCCGCUUCUCCGCCUCCUUCGACAUCCGCCGCGCACGCAAGCGCGACGCCGACAAGUACCGCUGCGUGGUGCGCUCUCCCGACGGAUCCGGGGUCUCCAACUUCGCCGAACUCUUCGUCAAAGAGCCGCCGGCGCCGGUGGCCCCGCCGCAGCUGCUGGGCGUGGGAGCGACAUAUCUGUGGAUUGCACUCAACGCCAACUCCAUCCUGGGAGACGGCCCCAUCGUCGUCAAGGAGGUGGAGUACCGCAUGCCGCAGGGCGCGUGGGCGGAGAUCCACCCGGUGGACACGGCGACGUACAAGCUGUGGCAGCUGGACCCCGACACGCACUACGAGGUGCGCGUGCGGCUCACGCGGCCCGGAGAGGGCGGCGCCGGCCGCCCCGGGCCCCCCCUCAUCGCCCGCACCAAGUGCGCAGAGCCGACGCGGGCGCCGGGCCAGCUGGAGGUGUACAACGUGAAGCCGCGCCAGCUCAGCGUCGAGUGGGAGGCGCUGGGCUACAACGUGACGCGCUGCUACCGCUACAACAUCACGGCGCGCUACCGCUACGCCCGGCGAGCGCCGCUCCCGUCGCCCGGCGCCGGCACCGCCGCCCUCGGCGCGCACGCGGAGGAGGUGACACUGGAGGAGGUGUGGAUGGGCGACGAUGACUCGGUGACGAUGAUGACCCUGCACGACCUCCCGCCCUUCACCAACGUGAGCCUGCGCCUCGUCCUCUCGAACUCUGAGGGCCGGAAGCAGAGCGAGGAGAUCACUGCGCAGACCACGGAGGAUGUGCCGAGCCCGGUGACCCUGCAGUCGUUGAAGGCGCAGAGCUUCGAGGAGAAGCUGCAGGUGCAGUGGGGGGAGCCCAGCGAGAGCAACGGGGUGAUCACGCUCUACGAGGUGUCGUACCGCGGCGUGUCCUCGUUCGACGGCGCGUUCGACGCCAGCAGCCACGGCGGGAAGGUUUACAAGUCGGGUGGCGAGCACCGGCACCUGUUUGUGGGGCUGCACCCGGGCACGCGAUACGCCGUCACCGUUCGCGCCAGCACCAGCCGCGGCUUCGGGCUGCCCACCACCACUCACUUCAGCACCAACAUCUCCGCCCCAUCCAUGCCGGACUACGAUUCAUCGCGGCCGCUGGAGGAGACGGAGACGACGAUCACCGUGCUUCUCAAGCCGGCCACUGCCAAGGGCGCGCCCGUCAGCGUGUACCAGCUGGUGGUGGAGGAGACUGCGUCCCGGCGCCGGCGCAGCCACGAGCUCCCUCCUCUCCAGCGCCAGCGCCGCGCCCCGCGCCGCUCGGGCGGCUGCUUCUUGCGGCCCACGGCCUACCCGCCGGGGCCCGACGGGGCCGAUGCACCGGCGGGAGCGGCGCCCCGGCACUACUUUGCCGCGGAGCUGCCCCCCGGCAGCCUGCAGGUGCCCACGCCCUUCACGGUGGGCGACAACGCCACCUACGGCUCGUUCUGGAACCCGCCGCUCGACCCCGGAAAGAGCUACGACGUCUACUUCCAGGCGGUCAGCGAGGCCGGCGGGGAAGUGAAGAUCGACUGCGUCAAAGUGGCUUCCAAAGGGCUGAGUGCGCAGUCGCGCCUCAGCCCCACCAGCACUAACAAGGGCUCCGGGGGCAAACGCCUAACAGUGGCGGCGUUCACCCGCGCCCCCGCGGCGCCGGUCCCAGAGCAGCGGGCGCAGCACACGGUGCGCGUGGCCGGGAUCGUGGCCGGGGCGGUGCUCACCGUGGCGCUGCUGCUCGUGCUGGUGCUCUUCCUCAAGCGCAGGAGGACCGCGUACUCGUAUGCGCAUUACCUGAAGCUGGCGAAGAAGCGCGGUGGUGGCGGCGGAGGCGGAAGCGGCGGAGGCGGCGGGCGGCGCCAGGAGAUGACGCUGAUGGUGAACGCGAUGGACAAGAGCUACGCGGAGCAGAGCACCAUCCUGCCCGAGGAGCCCUUCGCCUUCCUCAACGCGCACGGCACCAGCAGCAAUGCCAGCGCCAGCCGCUCCCACACCCCGUCGCACACCGCGGAGAGCCUCGCCGCCAACCACAGAUCCCCCAAACCCUCCUCCUCCUCCUGCCCAGACGAUGGCUGUGGGGGGGGGCCCCUCGUCGAGGCGAGCGGCUCCCAGGGCCCGCCGGGGCCCGCGCCCCCCUACCCCCACCACGGGCAGCCCCCCAUCCCCCAGCAGCUCCCCCCGCCGGGGGGAGGAGGAGGGGGGCACGGCGCCCGCGCGCCGCACUGCCACGGGACGGGCGGGGGCCAGCGGGGGCCGCGGGCCUCGUGCCCGGCGUGGCGGGGCCCCGAGCGCGUGCCCGAGUCCCCGUACCACACGGGGCAGCUGCACCCGGCCAUCCGGGUCAACGACCUCCUGCAGCACAUCGAGCAGAUGAAGCUGGGCGAGGGCUACGGCUUCAAGGAGGAGUACGAGAGUUUCUUUGAAGGGCAGUCGGCGUCGUGGACCGUGGCCAAGCGGGAGGAGAACCGUCCCAAGAACCGCUACGGAAACAUCAUCGCCUACGACCACUCGCGAGUCGUGCUUCAGCCAACAAACGGAGAUCCGAGCUCCGACUACAUCAACGCCAACUACAUUGACGUGUGCUGCUGCAGCAGCGGUAACCUGGGCUACCACCGAACUCACCACUACAUCGCGACACAAGGGCCCCUCCCGGAGACCGUCUACGACUUCUGGCGCAUGGUCUGGCAGGAGCACUCUGCCUCUGUGGUGAUGCUCACCAACCUGGUGGAGGUCGGGCGGGUGAAGUGCUGCAAGUACUGGGCGGACGAGUGCGAGGUUUACAACGACGUCAAGGUGACGCUCGUGGCCACCGAGAUGCUCGCCGAGUACAUCAUCCGCACGUUCAGCAUCGAGCGGGCGGGCUGCCCCGAGGUGCGCGAGGUCCGCCACUUCCACUUCACGAGCUGGCCGGACCAUGGCGUGCCAUACCACGCCACGGGGCUGCUCGCGUUCGUACGCCGCGUCAAGGCGCUCAACCCGCCCGACGCGGGGCCCUGCGUCGUGCACUGCAGCGCGGGAGCAGGCCGUACGGGCUGCUUCAUGGUGAUCGACAUCACGCUGGACAUGGCGGAGAAGGAGGGCGUCGUGGACAUCUACAACUGCGUGCAGGAGCUGCGCUCGCGCCGCGUCAACACGGUGCAGACCGAGGAGCAGUACGUGUUCAUCCACGACGCCAUGCUGGAGGCGUGCCUCUGCGGCGACACGGCCAUCCCCGCGCCCGACUUCCGCGCGGCAUACUGCGACCUCCUGCGCCUGGAGCCGCAGAGCAGCUCCAACCACGUCAAGGACGAGUUCCAGACGCUGCACAUGGUGACACCGCCGCUGCGCGCCGAGGACUGCAGCAUCGCGCUGCUGCCGCGCAACCACGACAAGAACCGCUUCCGCGACUUCCUGCCGCCCGACCGAUGCCUGCCAUUCCUCAUCGCCAUGGAUGGUGACAGCAGCAACUACGUGAACGCCGCGCUGCUCGACAGCUACUCCCAGCCGUCGGCAUUCAUCGCGACCCAGCACCCGCUGCCCAACUCCGUCAAAGAUUUCUGGCGUCUCGUCUUCGACUACCAUUGCACGGCCAUAGUCAUGCUCAACGAGCUCGACCCCACGCAGCUGUGCCCCCAGUACUGGCCGGAGGAGGGCCUCCUGCGCCACGGCCCCAUCCAGGUGGAGUUCGCCGGCUGCUUCCUCGACGGCGACAUCACCAACCGCACCUUCCGCAUCUGCAACGUGACGCGGCCGCAGGAUGGGUACCGCACGGUGCAGCACUUCCAGUACGCGGGCUGGGCGCUGCGCAAGGACGUGCCGGCCUCGCGCCGCUCUUUCCUGCACCUGGCGGCGCAGGUGGAGAAGUGGCAGCAGGAGUACGGUGCCGAGGGGCGCGUCCUGGCACACUGCCUUAACGGCUCGGGGCGGACCGGCCUCUUCUGCGCCGCUACCAACGUGUGCGAGAUGAUCCGAAGACAGAACGCGGUGGACGUGUUCUGCGUGGUCAAGGCCCUGCGCAACAACAAGGCCAACAUGGUCGACUCGCUGAGUCAGUACCAGUUCUGCUACGACAUCGCCCUCGAGUACCUGGAGUCUGGAUAGACUCCGGCUACCCCAGCUCGCAGAGGUCCUGACCCCGACUCAACCCGUGGUGGACAUUCCUUGGCGGGCGGCCCCACCCUGCACGCUUACACGCGCACUGCGGGGGCAACAGUGAGCUCACCAGCGCGUGAGCGGGCGAGCCGGUGAGCUCGAUAGGCAAUCGGGGGGGGGGGGGGGGGCAGAUGGAUGAGCCGGUGAGCUUACCGAGGAUCGGGCGUGAGCCAACGCCUGGAUUGGUGAACUCGCCGGAGCGUCGUAGCGAACCCCUGGGCCGGAGGGCAACCAGGCGAGCGACCUGGCGGACUUACAAGUGACCUGACGAGCUUAUAAGCGACCUGGCGAGCUCACGAGCUACAGCUGGUGAGCUCACGGGCGAGCGGUUUGUUAUUUGGGCGGGCGGGCCACCGUCAUUGCAGCGCUGUGGCCUGACAGCUGUUGCCACCCACGGCCCCCGCACACUGCAUGCUCCAUCUCGCCGUCUCGCCGACGCGCGAGCGCGCGCUAUUUUUGUAGUUGAGCGUUUACGUCGUUUUGUUACGAAUCCUCGCGUCGGGGGUUUAGUUACGCGUCCCGGUUUCCAAGGCAGCUGUGCGCCGUGCCGCUCACGAAGGCCGCAAUUAGCGGAGGGGGAGUUGUGUAAUUAUAUUUCACCCGAAGUUUUGUGGAUUUACGGAGCGGAUUCACACGCAGAAAAUAACGCGUUUCGUCGGGCUUUUGACAUUUCGCUUUUUUUAUACUGGUUGUGGCGCCUCGUCGUGCUUAUUGUGCAAAAUGUUAUUCACAAAACGAGCUUUUUAACAAGAAAAUCAAAACGCCGACAAUUGGUAAACGCUCGGUGAGCCGGGCCCCCGCAUCGUCGCCGUUCCCGAGAUGAAGCGAAGACACCGUCGUGUUGCGGACACGACGGUGGUUUUAUUUUAUUUUUUUAUUUUUGUACAGAAUCUCUCCCAACGUGUUUACGUGCGCGUGCGGGCGAGUGUAUGCACGCCUCUCCGCACGCUUGUGUUUGUCUCGACCUGUCUCCGCCACCGCGGAUUUAUUUCUGUUUCACUGUCGCAAGAUUCGUCCACGCGAGCACCCGGAAUUCACGGCCGUCACGUCACCUCCGAUGUCUUUUUUUCCACUGCACAACCAAGCCGCGCCGAGCCAGCCCGGCACGGUUCUGCUGGCGCCAGGGUCCUUUUUCCACCACCGAAACAGUACCGCGCCACUGACGUCAUGCGCAGUUAACGAGUGGAGAUGCACGUCGCACGCAACGAACGCAUCAUUAACCCGCCCCUGCUUGGCCCCGAGCCACAUUUACAUGACUUAUUGCGAGGCCAGCGCAUCACGGUUUGGUCCCUGCUCAGCUCGGAUGUUCCAAUGGAAAAGGGAUAACUGAGACACUCCCCCCACGCCCCCCACCACCCCACCAGUUUUCGAGUGUGUGGUGCAUUUGAGUGUAAUUGGUGUGCGGGGUUUAAGUUCCACAGCUGGGGGACCGUGCCGCUCUGAGCCAGCCUCACGUGGGGUGUGGGAACCAGGAGAGAGACCCGGGCAGCAGUGCCCAGCCCCACACCGACGACAUCAGCAGCAGUAGAGCCACAAUGAACCGCUGCCAAUAGGACCACCAGCAUCACCAGCAGCAUCAACACCAUUGUAAAUAUGACAGCAGAAGCAGCACCAUCAACAGCACCAUGAGCACCAACAUCACCUGUAAUAGCAGCACCAUCACCAGGACCAAAAAAAUAUCACCGCCAUCAGCAGAUUCCGCACCAUCAUUGUCGCCAUCAUCAGCACCAGCACUAACGCGGCACCAAGGCCACCACCAGCACGGAUAGAUGCUGGCAAUGCCCCCCAACCCAAGGAAUUGCAGAGGCUGCACUUUUAUCUUUGACUCCUAUCGCGUUGCAGGGUCUGGAUGCACAGCAGGCGGACACCUUUUUUAUACUUGCCACAAGCGUGUGCUGCUCUCCAACAAUUCGACUUUACAUUUGGUGACCGGCCCCCCACCACGGGAAAGGGUGCCAGGGGCGUGACCCCUCUGCUCGUCCUGUGGGGGAAAGAGGAGCAGGAUUCUGGCGACGUGCCACGAGCCGGAGCGCCAAGAGCAGUGCGCCUCUGGUUCCGCGCUACUCCCACCUUCACAGUGCCGAGCCACGGCAGAGUUAGCGCGGCUAAGACCCCGGCUGCCGGGCAUUCAAAUCCACCCGGCUCCCCACUCUCACCCUGGCACCUCCGUUCGUCUCCGUCCUUCGAAUCCACGGCCAACCACGUGGCCGCCGUUCAUCGAUCCCGCCCUUCAAUUAUAUUGGCCACUGCGCUCAGCCAAUCGGAGCUUAGGCCAGCUUUCCGCGUUGAUCAAUAGAAGACCCCACCACGCCGUGUUUGAGUGACAGAGGCGAUUUUUAACGCGUGUGCUGUGGCGGACAACUUGAUUCAUGACAGAGCCUUUGGGUCAGAUGGCGAUAAUUGAAUGCGAAUCAGUUGGUCGGUGUCGCGAGCGCAGGCAUUGCCUAAUCAGCAACAAGGGUCCGCCUCGAAUGGCAUUUGCGUUGCUCCGUAUGAUUUCCGGCAAUAUAUUUCGUGGACAUGUUUAAUAUGUCCUCAAGUAGUGACAUAAUAUCAAAUUAAUUAUUUAAUAUGUUGUCGGUAAUUGAUGAUGUAUUACAUGCGUUAAAUAUAUUUUCGGAAAUCAAUACUGUGACAAUACGUCCCUUUCGUCGACUCAAACACGUGGCCUGCCGCGCCGCCACGUGGCCACACGUGGUCACUGCACGCGACGCGCGGACAAUCCUCGAUGAUUAUUCACAGCGGGCCGAUGACAUUGAUGAUCGUGAUAUCACGGUCAUGGAUGAUGAUGAUGACGGUGACGAUGGUGAUGGUAAUUAUCAUGAGGAUGGUGAUGACCGCGACGGUGAUAAUUACCACGGUAAUAAUGAUCAUGAUGAUGAUGGUGAUCAUGUUGAUGGAGAUCGUGAUGAUUAUGAUGAUGAUUAUGGUGUCCCAAAGCUUUUUUUGCAAAUCGGAAUUUUGUCCCCCGGUUGAAAAUCGUCUGGCGUCAUGGUCGACUCGUGAUGCGGGCCAAGGGGCGAGGCUGCCCGAGUAACGGGUGAGGGGGGAGGAGGAGGAGGAGGGAGAUGUGAAGAGGGCAUUAGGAGGGGCAGUCUGACCAAAGCGAGUUGUCUUGUGGAGAGAGAGAAAGACACGCAGGGAGAGCUCCCAGUGCGGUACAGGAGAGACGACCACGUUCGCGCCACGUCUCUGUUCGCGGUUUGUGUCGCGCGCGUUCCGCCGGGUUCACCUCGGCCGCGGCUUUGGCGGGCGAGAGAGUUGUCGAGUCAGCAGCUCCAUUAAAAGCGCGGACCC